CGAAUUGUUAGGUCUACUCACAAUCUCGAAGACUAUGUCUUCGAUAGAUAUUACUCAAGAUACAUCUUAUAUGGACGACACGCAAGAGCAAACCAUUACCGAGGAAUCUUUCCAGAGUGAGGACUGCUCACAUUGCCAGCAAUUUUCUCCAAGGAAGACCAUUGCGCAACUAAGGACCAAACUCUCGGACAUCUUGUGUAAAUUUGAAGAGCAGCAGCAGAAAAUUAGGCAACUAAAAUGGGAAAAUGCAAAAUUUCAAGAAGAGAUUACAGUUUCUGCAUUUGCUGAAGAGAGCGCAGAGGAAUGCAUAUCACACUGUGGUGAUGACUUAAAUAAUGAGCUAGAUAUUCUCAAUACUAUCAUGGAAACAUUUGUCGACGAUGCCAUCUGGCUGAAAGCACUGACUGGGGACAAAAAGAACGUUGUUUUGAAGAUGGCGAAAGAAGAGAUUGACAAGGUACACUUGGCGGUACAGGCUCUUGAAAAUGUGUUCCUGGAGAAACAGAGAAUGCUACGAGCUUACUCAGAACAGAAUGAGAAGCUGAAGGAAAGGCUGCUCAUAUUCCACAAUAAGAAGUGCGAAGAGUCUUCCGGCGGAGACCAGCAGUCACCUGCCACUCGAAUCCCACAACGUACAACCUAUAACAGCAACAAAACUUCAAUUAUCGUUGAUUCAUUCAGUCUUCUUCUGGAAGACGGGAAUCUGUUAACGAUCAAGUUUAAUGAGGCAGGUGAUUUACCAAACUUCAUGUUUUGUGUGGAAGAAAAGCAGCAGUAUAGCUUACGCAUAGACUUGGUAGUUAAUAAAAAUUUGAAAGAACUCAGAUAUGUGCACCACUUCAAGAAGCUUCGCAUGAGAUGGCUAAACAAAGAAUUUUCGUUAGGACCGCUGGCCCCAAAAAAUGAUGUGCAAAGUAUUGCACUCCCAUUUGAAACUGCUCCUCAAGGUUUGCUCCGUCGAGGAAAAUAUAAGGUCAAGUCGAAGCUGCUGGGAGAAAAUGGUUUUGAAUACGCUAAGUGGAGCUGGAUUUUGAAAAUUGUAAAGAGUACAUCGUCCAAGAAAGCACUAGUCCUGUGCUAAAAGGGCCCGAUUUCAUAUGAAAAUUAUACUCAGUUCUAGUCUUACUGGCAAUAUGUGGAAGUUAAUGCAGUUUACUUGUCGUAUCAUCAACUAGACAUUCAUUAAAUUUUCAAAUCAUAUUUAGUGUAAUAGCUAUUUAAAAAUUCG